AUGAAUACCAACAGGCGAUCCAGAUCACCAGAUGAGGAGGCAUUGGAAGAGGACCAACAUCAGUACGGGGCAGGUACUCUAAGCCUAGAAGAACUCGAUGAGCAACCACGAAACCACUCCAAAACCUUCCCAUUCUCUGACCUCUUUCGGACCCUCUUCAACCCUCUCAUUGACUGCAAACCCUCAACCUCUGGGGGUACGGUGCGCGGCCCCAAACCAGGACGAGGCGGCCACUUCUCCAAGGUCUCCUACCAUGAACAGCGCCGGCACAUCAUCGAGCGCUUCAUGUCGCGCUGGCGGUCCGAAGUUGGCAACGAUUUUUACCCGGCCAUGCGCCUCAUCCUCUCCGACAAGGACCGCGACCGCGGCGUGUAUGGGUUGAAGGAGAACACCAUCGGCAAGCUGCUGGUCAAAGUCAUGAAGAUUGAUCGGAACUCGGAGGAUGGGUAUAACCUCAUGCACUGGAAGCUUCCGGGGAGCCAGAGUGGGGUAAGCCGGUCUGUAGGGGACUUUGCGGGGCGCUGUUUUGAAGUGGUCAGCAAGCGCGCGAUGCGUGCUCAGCCGGGGGAAUUGACGAUUGCGGAUGUUAAUGUCCUGUUGGAUCGCUUGGCGGCGGCAAGCGGGGAGGCCGAGCAGUUACCGAUCUUUGAGGAGUUUUAUCGGCAGAUGAAUGCGGAGGAGAUGAUGUGGUUGGUGAGGAUCAUAUUGAAGGAUAUGAGGGUGGGCGCCACGGAAAGGACGUUUCUGAACCUGUGGCAUCCGGAUGCCGAGGCGCUGUUUAGCGUUUCGUCGAGCUUGCGGAGGGUGUGUUGGGAGCUGUUUGAUCCAGAGUUUCGGCUGGAACAGCAGGAGACGGGGAUUAAGCUGAUGCAGUGCUUUCAGCCGCAGCUGGCGCAGUUUCAGAUGACAACGACGUGGGAGAAGUUGGUGAAGAAUUUGGGGGUGACGGAGGAGAACCCGGAGUUCUGGAUCGAGGAGAAGUUGGAUGGCGAGAGGAUGCAGAUGCAUAUGAUAGAGGAUGAUACUGUGCCCGGAGGAUUUCGGUUUGCCUUUUGGUCGAGAAAGGCGAAGGAUUAUACUUAUCUCUAUGGUGAGAGCUUGGAAGAUGAGCAGUCCGCUCUGACACGGCAUCUGCACAAGGCCUUUGACGACGGCGUGCGGAAUUUGAUUCUCGACGGAGAGAUGAUUACCUGGGAUAUCGAUAUCGACAAGAUGGUGCCCUUUGGAACGCUCAAGACGGCCGCGUUGGAACAACAGAAGAACCCUUCUAAGGCUGGUCCUCGCCCGCUCUACCGUGUCUUUGAUAUUUUGCUGCUCAACGACAAACCACUCACCGAAUACACCCUCAACGACCGGCGGAGAGCUCUCGAGCGUGCCGUCGUCGGUGUCCACCGCCGCUUGGAAAUUCUUCCCUUCGAGCGAGCCACCUCCCCAGACGCUAUUGAGCCACUCUUGCGACGAGUCGUGGCCGAAGCAUCGGAGGGUCUUGUCCUCAAGAACCCACGCUCUCGCUAUUCACUCAACAGCCGUAACAAUGACUGGAUCAAGGUUAAACCGGAGUACAUGUCCGACUUUGGCGAAUCGCUCGACUGCGUCGUGGUGGGCGGGUACUUUGGCUCCGGCCGGCGCGGCGGCACGCUCUCCUCCUUCCUCUGCGGUGUGCGCGUAUCCCAGAACUUCAUCAAAAGCGGCAACGCCAGCGCCGAGAAGUGCCUCUCCUUCGUCAAAGUAGGCGGCGGUUUCAAAGCGGAGGACUACGCCGAAAUCCGGCACCACACCGAAGGCAAAUGGCAGGACUGGGACCCUUCCAGUCCACCAACGGAAUACAUCGAGCUCGGCGGCGGGGAAAAGUUACAGUACGAGAAGCCGGACGUGUGGAUCCGACCCAGCGACUCGGUCGUCAUCUCGGUCAAGGCCGCCAGCAUCACACAAUCGGACCAGUUCGCCAUGGGCUGGACGCUGCGAUUUCCACGCUUCCGCAAACUGCGGCUGGAUCGCGCGUGGGAUUCGGCGCUGGACAUGGACGAGUUUGAAGUUUUAAGAUCCAAAAUCAAGGACCAGGAACAGGAACGGAAGAAGAUGGAGAUGGAGAACCGCAAGCGGAAACCGGCGACCAAGCGAGCGAGGAAGGACCUAGUUAUUGCGGGGAUGUCUGAUCCUUCGUCUUCUUCUGCUGCUACACCCGUCAUCGCCCCGAGAGAGACAAGAGAAGCGAGCGAACGGUUGUUUGAAGGCUUGGACUUUUGCGUCCUUUCGGAUUCUCUGAAACCAAACAAAAUGGCUAAACCGGCUUUGGAGAAACUAAUCAAAGAUCACGGUGGUCGUAUUCACCAGCAGGUUGUGGACCACUCCGGUCAGGGGAAGAUUAUCAUCCCCAUAGCAGACAAGAACGUGAUCAAAGUGGCUAGUCUGAGAAAGGCCAACCCGGAGAUGGACAUCGUCCGGCCUAAAUGGAUCUUUGAUUGUCUUGUGCAGCCGAUUCUUUUCACGAAACAAAAGGAAAACAAGAAGGGUUAUCUCCUCCUCUUCGAACCCACCCACCUCUUCCACUCCGGCAGCGAAGAGACGUCAGAAGAAGCGGAACAAGCAGUGGAUAGAUACGGCGAUAGCUACGCCGGGGACUUGGCAGACAUAAAUGAGUUGAAGGCGAUCAUGGAGGGUAUGGAGUCUGAUGAUUAUGUGUCCGAUUCCGACUGGGAUUCGGAUCCUGGCAGAGGAAGAGGAAGAGGCGACGGAUUUGACAUGGAUCAUUUCCUAGAUCACUUGGAAGAGCAGGGGACUUCGUUGGAUGAGCUACGGUCGUUCAUGUUCCGGAGGUGUCGGGUUUUCUUUGCUUUACCCAGUGCUGGCAACGGAGACGGGGCAGCAGAAAGUAAAGCCUCAAGAUUGAAGAACUAUAUACGAUUUGGGAACGGGAAGGUAGUUGACGAGCUGGAGACGGCGACGCAUGUCGUUGUCGUGACUGCUCCUUCUGGGGAGAGUUCAAAGAAGGAAGGGAGAGAAAUGGCGGCGGAAAUAAGGUAUAAAAUCAGCUUAAGAGAGAUGGGAAGUCCGAUGCCGAGGAUCGUCAAGGGGGAAUGGGUGGAGGACUCGUGGAAGGAGGCGACGGUGGUUGAUGAGGAAGAGUAUGUGGCUGGGUGA